AUGAUUCGAUUAUAUGAUACCAUAGAGCCAAAUGUAAUCGAUGAAGAAUUGCUUAAAUUGGCUGUGGAAGAACAGGGACCACAAGAAGAAGCAGGGCAAGUAGCCAAACAGGAGGGCAUUAAUUUCAAAGAUGUCAGAAGUCUGCAACUGGAUUUUCAAAACAUUCUCAGGAUUGACAAUCUAUGGCAGUUUGAGAAUCUGAGAAAAUUACAGCUAGACAACAACAUCAUUGAGAGGAUAGAUGGAUUAGACAGUCUAGUUAACCUGGUCUGGCUUGAUUUAUCUUUUAACAAUAUUGAGACAAUUGAGGGCCUAGAUAAUCUAAUUAACUUAGAAGAUCUGAGUUUAUUCAGCAACCGAAUUUCCAAGAUGGAUGCUAUGGACACCUUAGUAAAACUACAGGUCUUCUCCAUAGGGAACAACAUGAUUGAUAACCUCCUUAAUGUAAUCUAUCUGAGGAGAUUCCCGGAAUUACGUUCACUCAACCUUGCUGGAAACCCUGUCUGUGAGGAAGAAGAUUAUAAGUUGUUUGUCACUGCCUACCUUAGUGAUCUAGUAUACCUGGACUUCAGGCUUAUUGAUGCACACACGAGAGAAGUUGGUUUUGCAAAAUAUCAGUACAGUAUUUAUGAACUGAAGCAUCGGGAGAAUCAGAUGCAGUACAAACUGGAAGAAGAGAAGGCAAAUAUGGCAGAGCUGGAAAAGCAUAAGGCUGCUUAUGUUGAGUACCUGAAUGGUUCUUAUCUGUUCGACAACCUUUAUUCAGAUGACACUGAAGCUGCCAAACUAGCUUAUUUGCCAGGAGUUCCGGAGCUACUGGAAACAUACAAAACCAAAUUCGUUUCAGUUUGCCAGAACAUAUUUGAUUAUGGUUUGGUACAGCAAGAGAAGAGGACAGCGGAAGUUGAUCUUUUCUAUGAAUGCCUUGGAGAGGCCCUCAGUGACAAUCGAGAUCUAGGGCUGAAAACAAUCGAUGAUUUUGAAAAGAAACACUUUAUGAUGUUACAAGCCAUCCGAAAUGCAAAUGAGAUACAACUUGUGGAUACUAAAAUGAGUGAGUGUAGUGAAGAAAUCAGUCGAUUAUUUGAUAUACUCAUGACUUAUGAAAUGCAAUUGGUUGAACAGUUAGAGGAAUCUAUAAAUAACUUUGAAAGGAACAUUAUAGACAUGGUGGGAACAUUUGUUGAAAAUGUACAAGGCCUAAUGGCCCAGUGCCGUGACUUAGAAAACCAUCACCAUGAGAAACUUCUGGAGAUCUCUAUAAACACCUUGGAGAAAAUAGUCAAGAGCGAAUUUGAUGAGGACCUGCCAGAAGAUGUCCGAGCGGAAUACCCAACUCUUACUACCUUCUUUGAAGGGGAAAUAAUCAGCAAAAAGCAUCCUUUCUUAACCCGGAAGUGGGAUGCAGAUGAGGAUGUAGAUCGUAAACACUGGGGCAAGUUCCAGGCUUUUUAUCAGUAUGCAAAAUCAUUUAACUCAGAUGACUUUGAUUAUGAAGAACUGAAGAAUGGGGAUUAUGUCUUCAUGAGGUGGAAGGAACAGUUCCUAGUUCCAGAUCACACAAUCAAAGACAUCAGUGGUGCUUCCUUUGCUGGGUUUUAUUACAUCUGCUUCCAGAAAUCUGCAGCCUCUAUAGAGGGCUAUUACUACCAUAGGAGUUCAGAAUGGUAUCAGUCCCUAAAUCUGACUCAUGUUCCUGAACACAGUGCCCCCAUCUAUGAAUUCCGGUGACAUUUGACUGUUCAGAACAAUAACCAAGUAAAACUGAACUUGGCAGAAAAGGUUCCAGUCGAUCAGGAGAAUUGUGUACCUGCCAGAAGCAGGAGAUAGUGUGUGCCAGUCUCCUACCGAGCAGAUGCACCAGGAGGCGUCAGUGGCAACCCAUAGAACUCAAGAGAUGCGGCUGAUCAGGGAGGGGGGAGGGGAAGAAGCAAAAGGAGUUCUUCCUGCUUCUGAGUGGCAAUUUAAUUUUAAUCUGGUUUUUAAGAUACCUUUAAAUGCACUUUUCCUUAUUGCACAGCUAUCUUCUGUAUUAUGGAAAUGCCCCUUUCCCCAUUCUAAAUCUGAGCAGAGUUGAUAGUUUCCAGGAUGACACGUCAGCAUUGGCUUGGUGUGUGCAGUGUUUUGAACUAACUCUUUCUGAUCACAGAUUUAUGGUUGCACCCCAGUACCCCCAGUCUUAAUACCUUGUCUGGUAGCUCAGAAGGAACCACAGCCUAGAUACAUCUGUGUAUCAGCAAAGCUUUGUGCAGGGAAUUGGCGAGCCACCACGUCUGCUAAUGAAGCACAUGGCUGAGGCAGUACUGAUUCUUGAAGGGCCUAAUCAAUCUUUAGUCCCGAUUGGUUAAUGGGGUCAACCCAAGCUGCAAAAGCAUUGGAAUAUUAACAACUCAAAGCUAAGUAAAUAGUUGUUAGGUUCCCUUGGCACACCAUUGGGAAUAACUAAAUUCAAGACUUCCGAGCCCUCAGUUAGGAAUGGAUCAGAAUUCUGCUUACUCAGUACAUUUGCUCUGAACUUAACAGAUUUGAGGGUAAAACCAAACUCAGUAAAAAUGAGAUUUUUUUAAUUACAAAAAUUAUUUUUAUGGUCUCUUUAACAAGGACUCUAUGGCAAAUGCACAAUUACUCAGAAUUACAUUUUAUCGUUUUCACAUUGAAAACAGCGAAUGUUGACUUAUUAAUUUUUAUACCUAUAUAUAUAUAUAUAUAUGUAUAUUUAAUCAACCAGCAGUUUUUGAAACUAGUCAUCCUGGUACAAAAGUUUGCAGCAUUGCAUAAAUUAGUGCUAAAUAAGAGAACUGUUUUUUGGUCAGUUUAACAUUUGUACCUCCUCCUUUUGCUACACAAAACAGUGCUUGACAAACCUUUUUAUCAGGCAGAAGGAGCAGUUGUUCUCCUAUAACAAUGACUUUGAGACGUUGGGGAAUGAGGGGAAACAUUAACCAUGUUCAAAUAAUAACUCGAGGCUUGCGUGCGUGCCAAAGUGUGCGUGUGUUUGUUUUUUGUUUUUUUUUGUUUUUUGUUUUUUGUUUUUUUUUUUGUGUUUUUUUUUUUUUUCGAGAUUUCAGAAGCUUCAAAGUUGGCAUCA